AUGGCUCGUGCUUUGUGCGUUGGACUUGGGCUGUGGGCAGCAUCAGGCCCUGAGCUUUGUUUUUGGCUGGUUGUGUUUGCAGUACACCCCGAGCGGGCGGCGCUGUUGUCGGAGCUCCAGCAAGCUCCCGGCCUGACCUGGACCCCGGGCAUCGUUGAGCGCUUCGCGGCGGAGAAACCGGGCAGCUCGCGCAUCUACGGCGUCAAGGGAAACGUCUCGGAGGCGAAGGGGACGGGGUUGCGUGGAAGGAGACUGGAAGCCAUCCAAUCCGCCAUUCAGCGUGGUGAGAUUGAGCGUGUCCUUUUCGUGGACGAUGCCACCCUUCCGGACAACUUCGACUCGGCCGAGCAGUGGCCCGAAUGCUCAAAGAUCAUCAAUGACAUCCGUGACCAAUCGAACUGUGGGUGCUGCUGGGCUUUCGCAGGUGCUGAGGCGGCCUCCGACCGAAUGUGCAUUGCCACCAAGGGCAAGACCAUGGAUGUGUGCUUCAACGCCAACCCUGAUGGCUGCGAUGGUGGCAUGAUUGACAGGCCCUGGAGCUACAUCAAAUCCACGGGUGCUGUGAGCGGUGGGCAGUACCAGGGCACUGGUCCUUUUGGAAAAGGCCUUUGCAGCGACUUCUCGUUGCCACAUUGCCACCAUCAUGGCCCACAGGGAAAGGAUCCCUACCCUGCGGAGGGCAAGCCCGGCUGCCCCUCUGAGUCCUCGCCCGCUGGCCCUACCAAGUGUGAUGCCACAGCCAAGGCUCCUCACAACGACUUCAAGCAGGACAAGUACAGCUACAAGGGGAAGACCCAGACAACUUCAGGUGAGAAGGCCAUCCAACAGAUGAUCAUGCAGGGUGGUCCCGUCGAGACUGCCUUCACCGUCUACUCUGACUUCGAGCUGUACACCCACGGCAUCUAUCACCACGUCUCAGGAUCUGAGGCUGGUGGCCAUGCUGUGCGCAUGGUGGGCUGGGGAGUGGACAAUGGGGUGAAGUACUGGAAGAUCGCCAACUCCUGGAAUCCAUACUGGGGAGAGAAGGGCUUCUUCCGCAUCCGUCGUGGCACCAAUGAAGGCGGUAUUGAGGAUCAGGUGGUGGGCUCUUCUCCUGAUGCUACGUGGGCCCACGGCAAGAGCACAGAGAUCGUGGUCUGA